GAACCCUGAAACCCAAGCCAACCCGCAGCCCCCCAGCUCCAAACCCUAAAAAGAAUCUAGGGUUUUUCAAUUCUUUCCCUCCCCUCUCAAUAUUCUUAUAAAGUGUACAUUGUUGACUUGAACUCUGAUCAUCCAUGCACAAAUCUUAAAGUGGUUCUUUUGAUUUUCUUGGAAAGAAUUGAAUUUUUUUAAGGUACUCAUUUGGCUAUUAUUGAAAGUGAAAACAAAGAUCAGACUCAGAGAAGAGAAGUGUAGAAUUGGAUUCAGUUUAAAGAAUUGAUAUCAGAAAAGGGGAAGAUGAGUUAUUCUGAUCCACCACCUCCUCACCCGCCCUUUAUGCCAAUGCCAUUCGCUGGCGGUGAUAUUGGAGAAGUGUGGCCACAAUCUCCAAUGAACCAUGAAUUUCCUGAGUCCUAUUCUCAAUUUGAUCAUGCACCUCCUUUCAAGAGACUGAGGAAUUCCGAUAACAACUCACCGAAUUCUGCAAAUUAUACUCCUACGAAUUCCAGAGUGAACCAGCUGAAUCUUAUAGGAAACAAAGGAACGAGCCAUAUAUUUUUCAAAACACGCAUGUGUGCCAAGUUCUUGGAAGGAACUUGCAGGAAUGGGGAACAUUGUACAUUUGCUCAUGGUGUUGAAGAUUUGCGUGAGCCCCCUCCGAAUUGGCAGGAACUAGUACGUGAAAAGGAUAGAGGGGUAGUAGGGAACUGGAAUGAUGAUCAGAAAAUAAUACAUAGGAUGAAAAUUUGCAAGAAGUUUUAUAACGGAGAGGAGUGUCCUUAUGGAGAUAAGUGUAAUUUUCUUCAUGAGCGUCCUCCGAAAUUUAAGGCUGACAUUCCAAGGCAAAGGGAAAGUUCUGCAAUAAGCAUCGGAACUACAGGUAACAGAAGUGAUGCUGAGUUGAAUGAGAUUAGUAAGCAUGGAAUUGUAGAUUCAGAUGCUGUUCGAAUUAAGCCUAUAUAUUGGAAGACAAAGAUGUGUAGUAAGUGGGAGACAACUGGUCAAUGCCCCUUCCGAGAUCGUUGCCACUUUGCUCAUGGCCAAUCAGAGUUACAGGUGCCUAGUGGUCCGGACUUGUUGAUGAAUUCUCUCCCCAUUAUGCCAAGGCCCUUCUCUGUUCCACUUGUUGAGUUAUCCUCUGCAAAUGCAGUGGUUAAUGCUUCGAUACAAGAAGAAAAAGAGGAUAAGAAAAUCUUAAAAUGGAAACUGACCAAGAAGAUCUAUCGGAUAUAUGCAGAUUGGAUUGAUGAUCUAGUCCCGCCCCACCUAUUAGCCACUAAAGCCGAUAGCUGAUUUUCCAGGUUAAGGUUUAUUAUCUCCUUUCAGCGAGGAUUAAAAAAAUACAAGGGAGAUGGAAAUUUUGUUAGUGUGUUCUAUAGUUUUCAUAUUUUGUGUCACCAAUUGGCUUUUGAAAUUUUGGAAUUGCAUAUUUGUUUGUUAUAGAAGAAUCCAAAUAAGGUAAUAUCUUGGGGAAUUCCCUAGUCAGAGAGAGUGGAAGCAUCAUUUUUUUUUUAGCAGUUUGGUUUAAGUCUUUUGAGAAGUAUAUGAAAAUGCUCAUUUUUGUUUGCCUUCAUUGUA